AUGGAGGGCCCUUUGUUGAGCGAGUGUGAACACAUCAUUGACAUUACAAGCGAUGGUAGUUCUUCAUCAAUUGAUGGUCAGCAACCACACGAGGGUGUUGAAUUGGGUGAUCCAUACACAAAUGAAAGCAUUUGUAAUUCAAUCGAGUUUGUUGUGACUUUGGUCUUGAUUGCUGCGGUCAUAAUCGUUCUGAUUGAGCCAAGAGAUGAAGAACAUCCACAAACAAUGUUGUCUAUAUGGAUCAUCGGUUAUACAUGUGGCUGUAUUGCCACUCUCCCUAUCCUAUGUUGGCGUUUUUGGCUUUAUAACCGAAGCGUUGGCUCCGAAUCUACAGAUGAAUACUUAAGAGAGACAAGAAUCAACAAGGAUAUGGACUUUUUUAUGACGGGUUUCUUCGUGGGUUGGUAUGUGGUGUUUUUAUGGAUUCUUUCUUCCAAAGCAUUCGACUCAUCAGCUCUAGAUGAUACUACAACUCAAUACUUCUGGUUAUGUUUGGCUCUCCUUACUUUCAGUUGCAUUAGAUAUGUUCUUUUUAAUCUAACAUUGGCAAUGGUCUGUUAUACUACUCCUUUGCUUUUACUUACGCCUGUGGUCAUAUGUGUUCUCCUUGCUGUGGAAGUCUUAAAAGGCAUUGUAGCAUGCAUUGUAUCAUGCAUCUGCUGAAAUCGAACUAAUAAAAAUAUUUUGUUUGUAAGCCUAGGAGAAUGGGCGUUUAAAAUCAAAGUAAAGCAGAGUACCAGAAUAAAAAUGUUUUGUGUUCAUGUUGAUGAUUUUAAUCUUAUUAAGGUAGAGAAAAACAGUAGCUAAGGUUUUUUGAAAUGAUCAAAUAUGAUCAUCUCGUCUUAUUUCCUCUUUUUAUUUUAUUUUUCUCCCUCGUUAAUAUUAUUCUCCAUUAAAUGACAGUUUUGACUGACCAUUCUUAUUCGUGCGUUUUCGCUAUUCAGAUAUGUAUUUUAAGGGCCCGUACUUUAAUGGGCUUUUUAAAAUCUGACUUAUUUCGAGUCGAGUCCUACCUCAUUGUGACAUUUACCCAAAUAAUCACGUGUUUCAGAAUAACCUUUUAUAGGCCUUAUUAUUUUGACAGAUUUGGGUAAAUCGAAAUGGAUAUAUAGAUAACUUUAACACCAAAGAUAAGAUAACUAAGAAAAAUAAUAAAAUAUUAUAGUUUCCCAAAUAAUAAAAUUUAACACCAAAGAUUUCUCCUUUUACAAAAAAGACAUAUUACUUCUUCUAGCUUCCCAAAUAA